AGUCGCGAAUUCAGAAGAAACAAAUCUAAUUUUAACGCAGUAGGAUCGUCGAGAAAAAAAAGUCUUCUAACCGAAUUGUUUUUCAUUGUGACUAAGGUAUCUGUUUUGGUUCAACUGAGCCCUUUAACAGUAUGAAUGAGAGACAGGAAUUUCGAUUGGUCGUUGUCCAGGGAUAUACAAAAAGCAGCCAAUCACAAUAUGCGGCAGAUUCAGGUGGUAAAUCCUGAUCCCGCCUCUCUCACUGUAGCGACCCAUAGUGCUCUGCUCUGUAUUUUUCUGCCUCCCUCAGUCGAAAGCUUUCACUGUGCCGCCAUUAAAGCCCUUCAGCUUCGCAUUUGGAAAAGGGGAAAGGGGCAAAAUGAUUUAAGGCGUUAAAGAAAAAUACGGACGAGGGACGGGAGCAGGGGUGGGGGGUUCUGUGCUCCGCGGAAUUUAUGGAUGGACCUCGGAUUGGACUUUAAUAUGCGGCUUGUCACGGCCAAGUGAGAGAAGCCUGAGUUCGGAUUUGAGUGGGUUCUUGUGGUCGGGGGGGCGGGGGAGCUCCGGGAAGCUCCGUUUGUUUUGGCCGUGGUGUGAAAGUAAGGAGUGUAAACACAGCUAAGUGCUGUGUGACCUCCUUGAGAGUGGAUCUGCCGUACUGAGAGCCCCUCUAAACGGCAGGAAGCUUCCUUCAGUGGCGGUGCGACGAUGACUGAGCUGGUUGCCAAGUGGGCCUGUGAAUACUGCACAUACGAGAACUGGCCGUCAGCUAUCAAGUGCACCAUGUGCCGCGCUCAGAGGCCCAGUGGGGGUGCCAUCAUUACUGAGGAGCCCUUUAAGAGCAGCCCUUCUCUGGAUGCGAGUCUGCAUCAGUGGGACCCAGCAGGCUUCAGCAACAGCCCUCCCCAAGGGGGCUCCAGCUUACUCAUCUGUCCAGAUUCUAGUGCCCGACCCCGUGUCCGCAUUGCUGACGUACCUGAAACUAGUAGCAAGUGGUCAUGUCACAUGUGUACCUACCUAAACUGGCCUCGGGCCAUUCGUUGUACUCAGUGCCUGUGCCAGAGACAGCAUCAACCACAACAACAACAACAACAACAGCAGCAGCAGCAACAACAACAACAACAACGACAGCAGCAGCAGCAUGGGCAACAUGCAGCACAUCAAGGACAUCAUACACAGCAGCCACGCAGCCCCACAGAAUCACCCCAUACCUCAGGCUCUGGUUGUCGCCCUCCUCCGGUGGCUACCACAACAGAUCCCUGUGAGGAAUAUAAUGACCGAAACAGGCUUAACACUCAUGUACUGCACUGGCCAUGUACUGCUUGUACAUAUGAGAACUGGGCCAAGGCACAGAAGUGUGUGGUGUGUGACCACCCCAGGCCAAACAGUUUGCUUGCUGAUCCGAUUGAACUGGCGUCAGAACCUGAGAGCCAACAACCUUCCUCAAUACUAAAUGAACAGGAUAGAGACAACAGGAGGGGGGUUGUUGGACUUGUGGUUGGACAAGGCGUUGGGAAUAUAGUUGGGGGACUUGGAGGUUGUAGUAGCAGCCAAAGGAGAUCUCCACCAACAUCAAAACGGGAAUCAGAGAUGAACAUGGACUUUCAAAGGAUUGAAUUGGCCUCCGGAGCUGGAGUAGGGAGCCAAGAGGAGUUGGAGGUCGAUUUCAAAAAACUGAAGCAGAUAAAGAACAGAAUGAGAAGGACUGAUUGGCUCUUUCUCAAUGCUUGUGUUGGUGUGGUAGAAGGCGACCUGGCUGCUGUGGAAGCCUACAAGACGUCAGGAGGCGACAUUGCUCGACAGCUGACAUCAGAUGAAGUGCGUCUGCUAAAUCGACCCUCGGCGUUUGAUGACGGCUUCACGCUGGUUCACCUCGCCAUCCGCUUCCAGAGGCAGGACAUGCUGGCGGUGUUACUCACAGAGGUUUCUCAGCAGGCAGCUAAGUGUAUCCCAGCCAUGGUGUGUCCUGAACUGACGGAGCAGAUCCGUCGUGAGGUGGCCGCCUCUCUUCACCAGCGCAAGGGAGACUUCACCUGUUAUUUUCUCACUGACUUGGUCACCUUCACCCUACCUGCAGACAUCGAGGACCUGCCCCCAGCAGUUCAAGAAAAACUUUUUGAUGAAGUUCUGGAUAGAGACGUCCAAAAAGAACUUGAAGAGGAAUCUCCCAUCAUCAACUGGUCCCUGGAGCUGGGGACGAGGUUAGACAGCCGACUGUAUGCUCUCUGGAACCGAACGGCCGGGGACUGUUUGCUUGACUCGGUGUUGCAAGCCACGUGGGGCAUCUACGACAAGGACUCGGUGUUGCGAAAGACCCUGCACGACAGCCUGCACGACUGUUCUCACUGGUUUUACAGCCGCUGGAAGGAGUGGGAGUCGUGGUAUUCCCAAAGCUUUGGGCUGCACUUUUCCCUGCGGGAAGAACAGUGGCAGGAAGACUGGGCUUUCAUCCUCUCUUUGGCCAGUCAGCCAGGAUCCAGCUUGGAGCAGACGCACAUUUUUGUUCUUGCACACAUACUCCGCCGACCUAUUAUUGUCUACGGGGUGAAGUAUUACAAAAGUUUCCGUGGUGAAACACUCGGCUACACCCGUUUUCAAGGUGUGUACUUGCCUCUGUUGUGGGAGCAGAGUUUCUGCUGGAAGAGCCCCAUCGCUCUGGGCUACACCCGGGGCCACUUCUCAGCACUCGUCGCCAUGGAGAACGACGGCUUUGACAAUCGCGGCGCGGGCGCCAACCUCAACACGGACGACGAUGUGACCGUUACGUUUCUGCCGCUGGUCGACAGCGAUAGGAAACUGCUUCACAUUCACUUCCUCUCAGCGCAGGAAAUGGGAAAUGAAGAACAACAAGAGAAGCUGCUGCGGGAGUGGUUGGACUGCUGUGUGACCGAGGGUGGAGUCCUGGUGGCCCUCCAGAAAAGCUCCCGCCGUCGGAACCACCCACUGGUCACCCAGAUGGUGGAGAAGUGGCUGGACGGUUACAGACAGAUCAGGCCCUGCGCCUCCCUGUCCGACGGCGAAGAGGAGGAGGAUGAUGAGGACGAGUGAACAAACUGAAACAGAGGACGAGGGGGGGGUGCAGGAAUCGCCAUCCCUCCGACAGGGAAUGUUAUAUUUUCCCUCCCUGACGUGGACAAGCUGUGAGGGCCUUCAGGAAAGGACAGGAAACCACAGGUCCAGAUCCAGAUCCACCGCAGGAGACACUAGAAGACAUUUGGACACAAACCCUGUCACUACACGUGAGACUGACAAACUCCACUGCUGCAACACACAGACGUAGGGAGAAACUACAGGUUUACAAAUGCAAAUGACCUUUAGGUAAUGUAAGGAAAAUGUAAAGGAAAAAAGGAAUCUUUAUCUAUAGAUGUAAAUGCAUGUGGUCGUUUAAAAUAAGAGUAUAAGGAAAUAUACCAGCACUGACUCAAAUCAAGACUUUAUAUCCAUUCAGUAUGGGCACUGACAAAAGCACACUUCCAAAUUACUGUUGUUCUUUUCAAGUUGUGUAAUAGUUGGCUGGUUUAACUUUUUUAUUUUAUUUUUUUGUUUUUUGGGGGUAUUUGGGUUUUUGAAGGGGCAGGGACAGAGCCAAUAUCAUUAUCUUAACAGAAGAGAUUUAUGUAACUGCAAUGACUUUAAUCCUUAUUACUAAGCACUGCACAUAAAUGAAAAACAAAAUAAAGUUUAAGUUAAAAAAAAAACACAAAAAAAACAUUUCUAUAUAAAUACACAGCCAUUGCUUGAAUUGAGGUCGUUGUGUGGAGCUCUUGGAAAAGGGAGAGUUGUCAAAUUUUUUUUUUUUUCAAAUCUCACUAAGGUUUACCACACGGACAUUCAUGUUGGAUCUUUGGUUUACUUCUCUUUUUUUUUGACUGAGCGAAGUAUUUGUGUGUCGUUUGUUUUUGGUUUCUCCUCUGAACUCACUCUACCUAUUUAUUGUUGAGCUAAUAAGAGCUUUUUCUUGUAUAUUAUUAUUCGUUUUUUCCUCUCUUCUUUUGUUAAUUUUUUUUUUUUUCAAUUGUGAUGAAGUCGUGUUCACAGAAACACCGUUGCUGUGUGAAAAGAUCCAACCUGUCGUCGUGUGUGCGAUUUAGUACCUCAUUUGGAAGCCUAAAACUUGGUGCUCUUUUUUUUGUCGAGUUUUUCGACGACGGGCUGGGGGAGGGGAGGGGAGGUGGGGGGUGUAACAGUGAGAUACGUUCCACGUCUACAUAAACCUGCAGUCUUUCCAGUUGUUUUCGUCUGUUUGUUUCCCUCCUCAUGGUACACGUCACCUAAUUCCUCCUUCAUGUUCAUGGUCGAGAAAGACUGCAACAUAUAAAACCAAAGCUGACAGAAAAAAAAAGAAAAAGUUAAAAAGCAAGACUUGUUGAACCUUCUGUUUUUUGCUGUGAACGUUUGCAGUUCCUUUCUGUUGUUCAUUGCGUAACUGUAACCUCUUUCGUGUUCUAUUCGAAUUUUGAGCAUCACCUGUAUGUUGCUUUAUAUUUAUGCAAUAGUUGCAGUCGUGACUGACGGUUUGUGGAUUUAGGCCUGACUUCACAGUAUGGAGUGUAACUCAAAGAAAAGGUAAAAUAAGAAAAAAAAGAAAAAAAAAGAAAACCUUUUUUGAAUGUU